AUGGCUGACAUCGCGACUCCCAAGUUUCUCAGCGAACUACAGUCUUUGUAUCCUGCACCAGUAAAAUAUGUCGAUGGUGACUGGUUCCUUGCUGCCAGUAUAGCAUUCAGUUCGAGCAACUGUCCUGAAGGCAUCCCAUACAUACUCCGUUAUGCUCUCGACGAUCUCGACAAGCUCCCUGACACCUCGGAUGAAGACCGCAGGUUGCUUGUGCGGAAGAUAAGGGAUGGGAUCUUUAAGUCUGGCUUGAUCUCUGGUUAUCUCAAAGUCUACGAUGCUCUUGUGUCGCUAUAUGAAGUCACACCCGAAGAGCUGCGAGACACCGAGCCUCUGCGCGAUUCUACUCGAUCGAAAGAGGAAGUUGCAGCUGCUGGUCAGGCAUAUUUUGAUUCAACAUACGGUGAUACAGCAGCGAAAGUUCAGCCAAUGCUUCGAUCCAUAUACCCAGAUCUCGAACACUUUACAACAAAACUUGGGUACGGAUAUGUGUACGCUUUUAUGGGAGUGACUUCAGCCAAGGAGACGUCAUUCGCCAUGAUUUCUGCCCUGAUCCCGAAUGACACGCCUCGUCAGGUUGAAUGGCACUUGACUGGCGCUGUCCGUAAUGGCGCAACAGUUGAAGAGGUAAGAGGUGUACGAGAGAUCGCACUGAAAAUCGCGAUCAAGGCGGGCGUCCCCUUAAAAAAUGAGGUUCCCGACAUUUGACACAAUCUACUACGUAAAGGUGUAUGCAUAUGUAUAAAUGAAUCAAUGAUCCUUUGGAAAGUUGUAAACGCUGUUGUAUCCAAGCCAGUGGCAGUAUGUUACAAGUCCUUUACCCGCCAAACCGUGACUUUGAAAUGAAUGGUUGCGAAUGC